AUGGCCAGCAGUGCAGUCAAUUUCAAGUUACAGGCAGAAAGCAACUUACUCCGUCGUGGAGCAUUGCAAUUUGUAAAGAAAAAUAAGACGAUCCAAACACCUGGAUGUAUGACUUACACGCUUCGAGGUUCAGUGCCUCACCUCAUCAAAGACAAUUUGUCCUUAUUACCAAUCGAAAUUGUACAAAUCUCUCUGGAGCAGUUUUUGGAGCAGAGGGAUCCCUCCUCUUUAAAAUAUCCUCAUGGCAUCCACAAGUACGUCAAUCUCGAGGAGGCUUUGAUUUACUGCGAUGUUCGUGAUCCUCUUAGAUUGUCACCCAUCUCAUUCAAUACUGACAAGUAUCUUUCUGUUGAAACUCACGGCGGUGUUCGUCAAGUUACUCCUGACAACUGGGCUGAAGCCAUGAGCGUUUAUCGCCCUGAUGUAGUAGCCUCCAUGGCUGAUACAAUUACUGAUAUGGAAGCAAAGACAAAGCGCAUCAAGAAAUCCGUCGAUAGAUCAUUACGCUGGUUGGAUGAAAAUUUAAAGAAAUCAAAGGAAUUAGAGAUUCCAGUUUUUGCUCCUGUCAUGGGUCACACUGAUGUUGAGGAGCGUGCUCGUUCUGCCAAAGAAACUGCCGAGAGAGAUGUUCAAGGCUUCAUUGUAAAUGUGCUCGGUUUGGACAAGAAUCAGUUGAAUAAGCAUGUCAAGGCGUCGACCGACAAUUUGCCCACGGAUAAACCCAGAAUUGCAUAUGGUUUAGCAUCCCCUGAGAGUAUCUUGCUAGGUGUUGCAAACGGGAUUGAUUUGUUUGAUGGAACAUAUGCAUACAAGGUGACAGAAAAGGGCCGUGCUAUUUCAUUCAAAUUUGGAGAGGAACUGAAGGACAUUGCUGGAUCAACAGAGCAACCCAAGACAAUCAACCUCUGGGACAGUCAAUUGGCUCAUACAUUUGAACCUCUCGACACAACAUGUGGAUGCGAAGCAUGUUCUCGACCUCACACCAAAGCCUAUAUUCACCACUUGCUCAAUGCACAUGAAAUGUUGGCUCCUCUUUUACUGAUGAGCCACAACGUGUAUCAAUUAGAGAAGUUUAUGGCCUCUAUUCGCAAGAGCAUUCAAGAUCAACGUUUUGAGCAGGAUAUGGAUGCAUUUAUGAAGUACUACAGUCAUAAAAAGGAGGUUAAUGGCAUGGAAGAUCAUGAAGACGAAGUGGAUGACCAGUCCUUGGGUGUCCAUUUGAAAAAGAAGAGAACCUUGCUGCUCUAG